AUGUAGAAGAAAAGGUUGUCAUCAAUAGAUAGAAACUUUAUGUCAUCUCUUCGGAAGUAUGAAGAGCAUCCUUCACAGAAGUAAAUGAAUGCUUAAAAAAAAGAAACACAUUUAUAAGAGCAAUAAUUAUUGAUUCAAGAUAUUCAAGCUAACAUUUAGGAUUUAGAAAAUGGAAAUUACAUGAAAUGUUUUACAAGUAUAAAUCUAAUGUUUACUGAUCCAAAUUAUUCACUUCGGAAACACAUCACAUUUUAAUUGUUUGUGCCUGAAGAAAAAGAUUUCGUUGGCUUUACAAUAUUGAACAAAAAAGAAAUUUGGAUUUUACUAUUGCUCUAUUUUGAUAUAGUGAAUUAGGAUAAGAAUUAAUAUGCAAGAUAUCUUUGGCAAAGCAUAGUUAAAAAAAUGACUGAAUAUUUAAAUUAUGAACUAAGAGAAGAGGUUAUAAAUAAAGUCAAACUAUAUAGACAAAAGUCUAAAAUAACAAAUAAUCAAAAUAAAUAAAAUAAUUAGCAUACCAGUCAAUAUUAUUUUGUAGAGGAACGUGAUGAGUAGAGUAAAGAAGGCAGAGAGAUCAAUAAUAGUUACAAAGAAAUUUGUUUUGAUAAAUCCUAUAUGGCUACAUUAUCAGACAAUUCAAUUAUUGAAAGAAGUUAAGUUUUAGAACAGAACAUGAUGAUCAUUCAGGAUCAAAUUGAAUCAGCCACAAAUGAGGAUGUAUCUAUUUAAGCUCCAACUAAUAGUUCAAUUGAUUUGAAUAAUGAUUUUGUAGAAUUAACUUAUCAUAAUUCUAAUCUGAAUGAUUUUUAAAUACCUGAUAUCUCAUUCUAAUAGCAAUCCUAAACUGAAGAUCUAAUCAAGAAUUCUAUUUUUAUGGAUUAAGCUAGUAACCAAGUUGAAAUCUCUUUAAUUGCUCAAAUGGAAUAAUUGGGCUUUUAAGAUAACUUAUAAUCUGAACAAUUAAAUAAUGCACUCUUUGUCGAUUUAGAAGAAGACAUUCAUGAAAGUUACUAAAAUUUGGGGUUGGAUUAAAUUAGUUAGACUUCUCUUGAAAAUAUCAAAAUUCAAGAGGCAUCCAUAUUUUAACCUAAUUUUAUUGAAGAAAACAGAUAAACAGAGUAACCUAAGGAUAAUAAAAUUAACAAUUUAAAGGAUAAACCAAUAUAUAUUUUAGAUUUUGACAAAAUCAGUUUUGAUUCAUUUUCAAAUACUGAUUAAUUUUGUAAGAAAUCUCAUUAAAUGGGAGAGACUCCUCAUUUCUCUAUGAAUCAAUAGAGUAUAAAUUAAUGGACGAAAGAAGAAUAAAAGGAUUAAAUCUAAUAAGAGGAAGAGAAACUAAAUUAAGAUAUUGAUUUCAAAGAUUAUGAGGAAUAAUUAGCACAUGUUCAGGCUCAAUAGAUUUUGAAGGAGGAUUUAGAAUAAUUAGAAAAUGAUUCAGAUGAAGUUAAUGAUUAAGUUGAAACUAAGUAAUAAUAAUAUGAUGAGAAAAAUAGUUCGUCUAAAAUCGAAUUAAACGAUAUUAUAAAUGUUGAGUAUAAAUUAUCAUCAAGUAUAAUUAAUUCAAAACAGAAAACCAUUGAUGAUUAUUUUAAACCCAAAAAUAAGAUUUCAUCCAUUUAAUCCAAAAAUUGUCAUUAAUUAGUUGAAGAAGAACCUAUUAAAAAAGAUGAAUUUGAUUAUUCUUCGUAAAAUGAAAGAAGGAGAAAAAGUAGGAUAAGCAAAAUAAUGUAAAAAUCAAAUGUAAAUUCUCAACUUGAUUAUGCAUUUGAAUGUGAUUUAUCUUCCUAAUAACCUUCGAAUUAAUAAUACAUAGAAUAAUCACACUAUCUUGAAUCUUAACAAAUAUCAAAUAAUAAGAAGAGACGUUCUUCUCUUGUUGUUGAUAAAAGGUAUGAUCAAAACUUUAUGGAUAAACAUGGAUCAGGAUAUAGAUUUGAAAUUUAAAAGGCACCUCAAAGGUUAAAAGAGAAAUAUUAAGUUGAAGAAAUACUUGUUCCCAAAAGAUCCAGCAAAAGAAUUCAUUAUCCAGAAAGAAGCGAUUUAGAAAUAUCUAAAAUGAUUAUUGCUAAUAACGAAAUCUUGAAUUAUUUCACUCCUGCAGAUCGAUAAUCUUAAUAAAUCUCAGAAGAAAUUAAUAAUAGAGUUCAUCCUUUAACAUAUUUUCACUCAUUCAAUAAAAAUGAUAAAAAUCAAAUAAUCGUUUUAUCAAACAAUUAAGAACAAUUUAUUAAUGAUAUUGUGGAGAUCGAGAUUUGUUUGGCAAACAUUAACGAUAAUGAAAGUCACCAUAUUGUUAAGAUUGUAAGUGGAUAAUUAAAUGGUUAAAUAGCAAUUGCACAAAUAAAAAAACAAAGCUCUGAAUAAAUCAUAUUUGAAGACUACAAUUUUUACAAUAAAUACAUUCACUUUUAAUGUCAACAAUCAUAAGCUAUUUACUUACCAUUAGGCAGUUACUUAAUUAAUUAAUGUUGA